CCUUUCCUUCCAAUCACCACUCCCCAACCGGCAAACCGGCUAUUCCCCGUCCUUCCCCUCCUCCCUCCCCACCAUAUAAGCGCCCUUCCCCGGCCCUCUGGCCUCAGAGAGAAGGGGAAGUUGAGAGCGAGCUCGAGAGCGGAGAGUCCCCCAAAAAAUACCAAAAAAAUGCCGAUCUCUCGGAUAGCGAUCGGGACUCGGGAGGAGGCGACUCACCCGAGCGCCCUCAAGGCCGCGCUCGCCGAGUUCAUCUCCACUCUCAUCUUCGUCUUCGCCGGCCAGGGCUCCGGCAUGGCUUUCAGUAAGCUGACCGGUGGUGGUGCCACGACGCCGGCUGGCCUGAUAGCAGCGGCGCUGGCUCACGCCUUCGGACUGUUCGUGGCGGUGUCGGUGGCAGCCAACAUCUCCGGCGGGCACGUCAACCCGGCGGUGACCUUCGGUGCCUUCAUCGGCGGGAACAUCACCUUACUGAGAGGCAUCCUGUACUGGAUCGCUCAGCUCCUCGGCUCCACCGUUGCCUGCCUGCUGCUCCGCUUCUCCACCGGCGGCCUCUCCACCGGAACCUUCGGCCUCACCGGCGUCAGCGUAUGGGAGGCUCUCGUCCUUGAGAUCGUCAUGACCUUCGGCCUCGUCUACACCGUCUACGCCACCGCGUUGGACCCCAAGAGGGGGAGCCUCGGAACGAUUGCACCGAUCGCGAUCGGUUUCAUUGUGGGGGCCAACGUCCUCGCCGGCGGGGCCUUCGACGGGGCGUCGAUGAACCCGGCGGUGUCGUUCGGCCCGGCGUUGGUGAGCUGGUCCUGGGACGCCCACUGGGUCUACUGGGCCGGCCCGCUCAUCGGCGGCGGCCUCGCCGGGCUCGUCUACGAGCUCUUCUUCAUCUCCCACACCCACGAGCAGCUCCCCAGCGUUGAGUACUGAGAAACAGUUGUUGCUCGUUCUUCUGUUGUUACUUCUUCUUCUUCUUCUUCUUGGUCUCCAAAGGGCUUUCUCAGGCUCUUGUUUUUUUUUUUCCUUUUUCCUUCCAUUGUGUACCUCCUUAAUUUGUCUUGGUCGAUCUGUUCUUCUCGUCUCUGUUGCAUCAAAACUUCUCAAAAGGACUUGCGUCCGUUUCCGUCCAUGUGUGGGAUAAGGAAGGUAUGGUCUUUUGUGUAUCAUGUUGUUGAUAAAAGGCCAUUUCUUGCACUCUUUUACCUUUUUA